AUGUUGGUCCAACCAGCUCAUCCCCAUCCUCAGCCUCCAGGUCCAACCAACUCAUCCCCAUCCUCAGCCUCCAGGUCCAACCAACUCAUCCCCAUCCUCAGCCUCCAGGUCCAACCAACUCAUCCCCAUCCUCAGCCUCCAGGAAGGAGAUCAUACUCACAGUCUGACAGCGGUAGGAGUACUUCAGAGGGACCAGACCCAGAGACAUCCAAAUCAGCAAGACAACACCACUGCUCCCAAUGUGGAAAGAGUUUUUGUUGGUUAAACAGCCUGAAACGACAUGUAAGAAAACACACAGGGAAGCCUUACAAAUGCUCCAAGUGUGUGAUGGGUUUUAAUGAGUUAGGGCUUCUUAAAGACCAUAGGGAAACACACAAUGAAGAGAAGGCUUACCACUGCUCCCAGUGUGGGAAGAGAUUUAACCGAUUAAGGCAUCUGAAAGACCACGAGAGAUCACACACAGGGGAGAAACCUUAUAACUGCUCCCAGUGUGAAAAAUGUUUUAGACAUUCAGGAUCUCUAAAAGUGCAUUCAAUGACACACACAGGAGAGAAGUCACACCACUGCCCCCAAUGUGGAAAGAGUUUUAGCCAUUUGGGGAGCCUGAAAAUGCAUGAAAGAACACACACAGAGCAGAAGCCCUAUCACUGCUCCAUAUGUAGAAGUAGUUUUAACCAGUUUGUGCACCUGAAAUUACACCUGAGAAUACAUACUGGAGAAAUGCCCUACCAAUGCUCCCAAUGUGAAAAUAAUUAUUUCUCUUCAGGGGCACUUAAAAAGCAUGAAAGAACACACUGUAGAGUUGUGGAAAUACAUUUUCAUGAUCAGGGAAAUAAUUGA